AUUUAACCAUAAGAGGAAGAAAGAGUUGCCUUGCCGCCUUAGUAAAGCAUUUCGGAGGGUUCAAGCGCAGAUCACUGAGCAGACUCCCCAUGCUGGCGCGGUGCGGUGCUGUCGGUCGGAUUUCUUCAAGGUCCUCGUCGUCUUGGAUCUUGAACUUCAUCCACCACUCUCUCACUCGCUCGCUCAGAGAAACGUGGGAAGCGUCUGCUUUUCGUCCAAAUAUUCUUCCUCGCAGUGUCGGCCAUAUAUUCUUUCGUUUCCGGGCAUUUUUGCCUUCGUGGCACUCGAAUCACAAUCGCUUCACGUAUCUGCUGAUCCAUCCCUUGACAGCGGCACCACUCGCUUUUCCUCACCACCUUCGACCCAACCCAAACCUCGUUAACACAAUCAUCCGGACCAAGGGCCGAGUUCUUGACUGAACUUCCGAUCCUGCUCCUACUUCUCUCUGCGCUCACCACCUGUCGUGAUUCCCAGAUUUUCAACGAGAUCCUGCCGAUUCCUGCAUCUAGCCACGCCGCCUGCCGUGGUCUUGGUCGCUCUUGGUCGUCGUGGUGACAAUCCCCGCUUGCUUGCGCAACAACCGCAGGGGUGCUUCAACAACAGGGCUUUGGCCUGACAAACAAUCACUACACUAUUCUUUUGCGUACCCAACUCUUCAAACAUCAUAAUUGUGCGUUUUCACACAUUAAAUAUCUUUUUGCCUAUCACCACUGGGUAGCAACAUUUGUUUAGCACUAUAUUCUCGGUUAGCAUUAGGGGCACCCACUAGUUUUGUUGAUGGAACUAGACCAGCCACCAAAUUUCAGUACAUAGGAGUUGAAGUACCGAGCCAAAGGUCAAUAUUUGGCAGGUUGCCUUACUGACUGUUGUUAACCCAGAAUCAUGUCGCUCCCACAAAGACCCCACGAAUAUGCUGGCAGGGAACAGAGAACUUCACAUCGAAAUCCUCCCCGUCGAAGACCACAAGAAGUCGACACUACAUAUGUAGCUCCACCGUCGCCUUCGAGGCAUGCUCGUGGGCCAUCCAAAUCCUCUCUCACAGAUACUCUACCAUCUCCUAUGACGCCAACCGCAUCCAGCGACGCCUUCGCACGAGGACCCGGGACAACAACACCGGGCAACGAAAUACAUAGGAAAAGAAGUCUGAUUCGACCAGAGCGGAACAGAAUUGAUCGAGAUCACCCGAAUUAUCACUACAGGCAGCAUGCUGCAAAUAUGGACGUUCUUCCUUCGUCAACCGGCAAUGACCCCAUCUUGGAACACCUAGAAGCAGAGACGGCUGCCACAGAAUCUUCAGGCUUACGAACAUCAAAUGAUUCAGAGAUCACUCCUCCGCGCAAGAAGAAAAGUCGAAGAGGUCGUGGUGCAGGACCCGAAGAUGUGGAAGCGGCCGAAAAAUCACCACUUGGUCCUCGUAAAAGCAAGAAACUCACUCGCCACAAGACACAAAAGAUGACAAAAGAGGAGAAGGAACGGCAAAAACAAGCUGAUUUCGUCAAGCCUCCCAGUCUGUGGAAUGUCUACUGUGCCAUUGUCACCUUCUGGUGCCCAGACUUCGUACUCAAAUGUUUUGGAAAACCCGCAAAAGCGCAACAACGAGCAUGGAGAGAAAAGAUGGGUUUGAUCAGUAUCAUUCUUUACAUUAUGGCUGGUGUGGGAUUUCUUACCUUUGGGUUCACCGCCGUGGUUUGUGGCACACCACAGGUUCGUCUACGCGUUAAUGAUGUUACUGGCGGAUUCAUGAUAUUCCAUGGAAGCGCCUACGAUCUUUCUGAAUCGAGGCACCCCGCAGCUAGAGGAAUUACGGACAACGCCAACGUGUUAUAUGAUUUGCCAAUAAAACAUGCUGGUCAAGAUGGAAGUUUCUUGUUCCAAAACGUUAACGGGAAAUGUAAAGACCUUAUUACAUUAGCUCCCGGCUCGGAUGUUCCCACAAACUCUGACGGGGAUCUUGCUUGGUAUUUCCCAUGCACCACUUUCAACCAAGAUGGCUCAAGUGAAGUCAACCUCACUGUUAACAGCGAUCAAUAUCUUGGUUAUUCUUGCCAUACAAUUGGCACUGCCCGGAAUACUUUCUAUGAUCUCAGAACCGCUGGAGAUGUCUACUUCAACUGGGAAGAUAUCAAGAAUAGCUCACGAAAUCUGAUGGUUUACUCGGGAAACGUUCUUGAUUUGGAUUUACUCAAGUGGUUUAACACAACCCAAGUUCGGGUUCCUCCACGUUUCAAUGAACUCUCGGAUCGAACUACCGCUGCCAAUGCCGCCGUACACGGGAGGGAUGUUACCCACGCAUUUUCAUCGAGAGAAGAUAAGAAAAUGGCUCAAUGUUUUGAACAAAUUAUCAAAGUAGGAUCUGUUGACACGGAGACAGUUGGCUGUAUCGCCUCCAAGGUUGUGCUCUAUGUUUCUCUGGUCUUCAUUCUGGCCAUCGUUCUCGCCAAGUUCGUUCUGGCACUCUUGUUUCAAUGGUUUUUCAGCCGGAAAUUCGCUGCUGCCAAAACUUCUCAGUCAUCCGAUAAGAAGAAGAGAAAUCAACAAAUUGAGGAUUGGUCAGAUGAUAUCUACCGAGCACCACCCAGAAUUCCAGGAGACCCAAGCAGCACCGUUGCAGGAUCCGAUCGUAUGAGCAAGCGUGGAAGCACCUUCUUACCUACCACAUCUCGAUUUUCGAAUCCUUACGUGGCAGAGAACCGUUUGUCGCGUGUUGGUCGCCCUCAGCCUACCACGAUGGCAACCCAAACGUCAUCAUCCGCUCUCGUAGCACCCAAGGGUAUUUUCCACCAGCACAACGAUAGCCGUACCAGCUUUCUUCGUCCAGAAUCUGCUGUUUUCGCUCCUGGUGAAAUGGAAGUUAGUCCUGGCACAGAAGGGUUUAUCCACGAAGCAGUUGUUCCCCAACCACCCGCUGAUUGGCAACCGUUCGGUUACCCUCUUGCUCAUACCAUCUGUCUUGUCACUGCUUACUCGGAAGGUGAACUUGGUAUUCGCACAACCCUCGAUUCCAUCGCCAUGACAGAUUAUCCCAACAGCCACAAAGUCAUCCUUGCCAUAUGUGACGGUAUCAUCAAAGGUCAGGGUGAGACGAUGUCUACUCCAGAUAUACUUCUUGGUAUGAUGAAGGAUCUUACACUGCUCCCUGAUGAAGUACCAGCAUUCUCAUACGUCGCUGUCGCAAGUGGUUCCAAAAGACAUAACAUGGCAAAGGUCUACUCUGGCUUUUACGAUUACGGUGCCAACUCCGUCAUUCCAUUGGAAAGACAGCAACGUGUUCCAAUGAUGAUGGUUGUAAAAUGUGGUACACCUGAUGAGGCCAAGAAGAGCAAGCCAGGAAACAGAGGCAAACGUGAUAGUCAGAUCAUUCUCAUGUCGUUCUUGCAAAAGGUCAUGUUUGACGAACGGAUGACGGAGCUUGAAUUCGAAAUGUUCAAUGGCUUAUGGAAAGUGACUGGCAUCUCGCCUGAUUUCUACGAAACUGUUUUGAUGGUCGACGCCGACACGAAGGUUUUCCCCGAUAGCUUAACUCAUAUGAUCUCCGCCAUGGUCAAAGAUCCUGAUGUCAUGGGUCUUUGUGGUGAAACUAAGAUUGCCAACAAACGAGACAGCUGGGUGACUGCCAUUCAAGUUUUCGAGUACUUUAUUUCCCACCAUCUUUCCAAAUCCUUCGAGUCGGUCUUUGGUGGUGUUACCUGUCUUCCCGGAUGUUUCUGCAUGUACCGUAUCAAAGCUCCAAAGGGAGGACAGAACUACUGGGUUCCAAUCCUCGCUAAUCCUGAUGUCGUCGAGCAUUACUCUGAGAACGUUGUUGACACUCUUCACAAAAAGAACUUGCUCUUGCUUGGAGAAGAUCGUUACUUGUCCACACUCAUGCUCAGAACUUUCCCCAAACGCAAGCAAAUUUUCGUUCCACAAGCUGUCUGCAAAACCACUGUCCCUGACACAUUUGGUGUGCUCUUAUCUCAAAGACGUCGAUGGAUUAACAGUACGAUACACAAUCUCAUGGAACUUGUACUCGUUCGAGAUCUUUGCGGAACGUUCUGUUUCAGUAUGCAAUUCGUUGUUGCUAUUGAGCUCGUUGGUACUCUAGUCCUCCCAGCUGCCAUUGCCUUUACCUUUUAUGUUGGUAAGUAGCAUCACGUUCAAUUUUACCUUCGCUGCUAACAAAGUACAGUUGCCAUUUCAAUCAUUAAUCAACCACCCCAAAUCAUCCCAUUGGUCCUUCUUGCUUUGAUUUUGGGUCUCCCAGCUGUCCUUAUUGUUCUCACAGCACACCGUUGGUCCUAUGUCGUCUGGAUGUUCAUCUACUUGCUCUCUCUUCCACUUUGGAAUUUUGUUCUUCCUACAUACGCAUUCUGGAAAUUCGACGACUUUUCCUGGGGAGACACUCGUAAGACUUCAGGCGAGAAGACUAAGAAGGCUGGUAUUGAGUACGAGGGUGAAUUUGAUAGUUCCAAGAUCACGAUGAAACGAUGGGGCGAAUUUGAGAAGGAACGUCGUCUGAGAAGUCAAGCUACGUGGAGUGGAUAUGGUAGCAAGGAGGCGAGCAAUGUUGGGACAUGGCCAGCCAAUCGAGCAUCGACUUAUGAGGAUGAAUACUCUGAUGUUCCGGCCGAGCGAUAGUUUUGAAGUUUGGCUUCUUUUUUUUGGCUAGCAAGCAUGCGUUACGGAUUUGUAUUAUGGAAAAAAUCUUGGGGGACUUGUUUUUUUUUGCAUUGGGGUGGAUGGGAUAAUUUGCAUUCGACGCGAGGAUUGAAAAACGAGAACCUGGGCUUCACAAUUUGGGGUUACGCUCCUUUCUUUUUUUUUUUGGCUUGG